AUUGUUAUUUUCAUAAACAAUAGUAUAAAUACUGUUUGUUUUACAUAAAUUUAAAUUUAUUGACUCGAUAAAAUAUAGAUGACACUAGUAAUUAAAGUCUGGGAUCUGACGCAAGAGAAGAAAUUGUUAAUUCUUAUCAAGGAUUUUGAUAGUUCAGAUGAUAUUGAAAACAAAGUUAAAACAAAGUUCAACCUUUCCACCAAUGAUUCAAUAAGAUUGGUCGUUGAGGAAGAUGGAUCAGAGGUUGAAUGUUCAUUUGAAAUGAUGCAAGCAAUAGGAAGUAGUUUAAUUUACACUCUUCUGGUGAAUGGUGAGAUAUGGACUAAGCGACUGCCACAGCAAUGUACUCCUGCUACAGUUCAAGAAGCAACUUCUAGUUCAAUCGGUAUUGGGUGCUUAACUUCAAGUUCAACUGGAAUUAUGUGUUCAACUUCUAGUUCAAUUGGCAUUGGGUCUUCCGAAUCUGACAAUGUGAAUCCUUUUAUUAGUAUGCAGACCUUCAAACAUUACCUUUUAAAACAUCCAGUCACAACAGAUUAUGUCAAAUCGAUUUUAGAAACAGUAGUAUUUACUAUUUUGGCUCGCCAGGCAAUUACUCGACUGGUUGUUCGUAAAAUGAUUAAUGUUUUUGGAAAUUAUCCUACACGUAGGCAUAAAGAAGAUGUUGCUAGUUUGCUAGGGCAACUAUUUAGUAUGGAGGCAAUUAUUUUCUUUGAUCCGUCUACAUAUUCAGGAUUUUUACAGCGGGGUACAGAAAAUGCUAGAAGAGAUUGGGAUGACAAUCGCAAAGUUUAUAACUGGAAAAAGAGACCCCUAAAUUGUGAUAAAGCUACACCUACCAAAUACAAAAAAUCAGAACUAAAGUCAUUAACUUUUGCUGAAAAUAGAGAAACCUGUGUAUCUUCCCAAACAGCUGCUUCAUCUGAUGGGUGUCCCAGAAAACUAACUGAUUGUGUUGUUUGCAAGGUACUCGUACGCAUGAAGUUAAGGAGUGUCUGGAAAAAACCUUUUGCAUUAGACAAUUUUGGAUAAUGAAUGAAUCACCCACCUUGUCUUCCAUAUUAAAAAUGUAUCCAAAAUUUCAAACCAUUCCAGAACUAUUAGAUGUCGAACUUCAAAUGAUGUUUUCUGACUGCACUACAGAUUUUUUAUCAGUAUUUCGGACAGAAAUUUUAAUCCCAGCAUUGGAAUUAACAGGAGAUAAAUCAAUAGAACUGAUAGCAGCCGAUGCUAAAAGAGGCGAUAAUGGUUGGCAUGCGUAUCAUGCUUGCAAAAUUAUUUCACUUAUGCUGAGAACAACCGUGAAACGGAAAAGGAUUUCAGGACUGGAGUCUUUCGACCAUUUAAUGAGGAUUAUUGAGCCAGGAAGUUCCAUGACAGAAGCUGCAGAAAACUGUUGGAAACCAUACCCAUUGCUUCUGAUACAAGGUAGCGUCAAUGAAAAAGUUUUAUUGGUAAAAAUAGCUGCUGAAAAAUCCAUAAUUACAGCUGGAUCAUCAAUUGAAGAGGGUAUCGAGCGAUUGUUUAAACUUUUUUGGUGUUUCAACUUAGAGUAUACCGAAGAAUGUGCGACUUUUUUUAAAUUUUUACAAUUAAUUUACAAUUUGGGAGAAAAACACUCAUUUCCAGCAUCGGUUUAUCAGCUUCAAGCGAUGUUGAAGAUAGUUAAGAAAUAAACAAUAUAUAAUUUUUUUUUUCUCAAUAUUAUAUGUUUUUCUUAUGUUUUUUAUAUAUUUUAAUUAUAAACGGUAUUAUAAAUACAUUUUAA